AAAAUUAUUUUCAAAUGUACUGUGUGGGUCCAAUUCUUACUGUUUUCUUGUGUAUCAGAUGAUACAGGAAAUCGACUUCGGUUCCAGCUGGAGUUAGAGUUUGUUCAAUGUCUGGCAAAUCCAAAUUACCUCAACUUUCUUGCACAAAGAGGCUACUUCAAAGACAAAGCUUUUGUAAAUUAUCUUAAAUAUUUACUGUAUUGGAAAGAACCUGAAUACGCAAAAUACCUGAAGUAUCCUCAAUGUUUGCAUAUGUUAGAGCUGCUCCAAUAUGAACAUUUCCGCAAAGAACUGGUAAAUGCUCAGUGUGCUAAAUUUAUUGAUGAGCAACAGAUUCUUCACUGGCAGCACUACUCACGGAAAAGAAUGCGCCUCCAGCAAGCACUUGCAGAACAGCAGCAACAAAACAGCACCUCUGUAAAAUGAAAAGCAUAUGGAAGAGUGAUGAUAAAGUGUACUUUGUGUCAGUUGAACUGUUUAGAAGAGAGGAAUGAACCCUUCCAUUUGGCUGUGGGUGUGUGUACAUUUAAUUUUUGAUUUAUCAAGUGACUGGGUUUUUAUCAACUUCUUUAAAGAUACAAGACUGAUAAAACACCUACUUCUGCAAUUUAUUUU